AUCUGAUCCACGUUAUCCCAUCAUGCGUGGGACGGUCCCCGACGUGGGUGCACAACACAACAGACGGUUCAAGACACACGUCCAUAGUCUAUGGCAUUGGUGACGAUGAUGUCGACGGCACUAGGUACAGCUGCCAUUGAACAAUCCUGACGUCGGUACAAGCCAAGUAUGGAUGGACACGACCAUCCUAGCACUGGCUGCCGUCCUCGGCUUGGUGAUUAUGAUGUGCAGUAUACGCCUAAUAGAAGUGUUUUUGCGAUCGGGCUGCCACUUGCGUCGCUGUAUUUAGAUGUCGCCCAUGUGCAUGCCUUGUCCAUCGCGCGCAGUCCUGCACAUAGAGUACUGCACAAAGAAAAGAGACCGCGUGUGCCGUAGCGAUGAUCUCCUCGCUGGCAAUCGGCCUUGCUGUCAUUGCCACACAACACAAUCC